AUGGUGCGGACCAAAGCAAACUACGUCCCGGGAGCCUACAGAAAAGUGGUGGCUUCUCGAGCCCCCAGGAAGGUGCUUGGUUCCUCCACCUUUGUCACCAGUUCUUCAUCGUGUUCGUCGAGAAAAGCUGAAAAUAAGUAUGUAGGAGGGAAUCCAGUUUGUGUGCGCCCAACUCCAAAGUGGCAAAAAGGCAUUGGAGAAUUCUUCAGGCUGUCUCCUAAAGAUCCUGAAAAAGAGAACCAGGUUCCUGAGGAAGCAGGAUGCAGUGGCUUAGGAACAUCGAAAAGAAAAGCAUGUCCUUUGCAACCUGAUCACCCAGAUGACGAAAAUGAAUAGAACUUACUCAUCUGAAUAAUGUCUUCAGUUUACUUAGGUAUUCUGGGAUGUAAAUUUGGGUAGAUGUGUUUGUUUAUUUGACUUGUUGACUACGCAUUCAUGUAGCCAUUCAAAACAACUGGCUGUAAAAAGGGAGGAUUUUUUUUAUAAUUUGUAAAUUAUAAUUGUAUACUCGAAUUUAUAAUGUAAUAAGAUGCUUC